AUGCCACCGAAGAAAAAACAAAAUGUUAAUAGAACAGGAAUCUAUUACUUGGCUGAUGAACAUCGAAAACUUUAUCCAGCUUAUUCUCGUAUGUCGAUUCAUGAUUUAAUUAUACAUCUAUUACCUCAUUGGCGUUCAAUGACUCUUGUUGAAAGGAAACCCUAUGAAGAUUUAGCUAAACAACAUAAACGUGCACGUAUGCUAAACAAUGAAAAUGUUAUAACACCUGUUAUACCGUCUAGUGAAGAAGCAUCAUUUAUUGAAAAAAAUAGUAAUGAAAAUAAAUUUUUGGAUUCAUUUUUUUCUAAUGAUCUUACUGAUGUAUUCAAACGAAAUUUAUAUUUUGUAACAUUUCAAAUUUUUUGUCGAGCCGACGAUGAAGACGGAGGCGAUUAUUAUCCAGCUGAAAUAUCGAUUAUGAAAUAUUCAUUUUGUGAAAGUGUUAAACAAGAAUAUUUUACAAUUAUGAAACCAGAAAAAUUCCCUAUUGGCUACACUGGUACAGCAAUUGAUUUAUCUCGUGAAACACAUCAAAUUCCACCAUUUAAUUUUAUUGGUGCUAACGGAGAUUAUUCAAGAAUAUGGCAAGAAGUCAAACGAGUCAUUGGUGAUUCGGUUGUCGAUUCGUCGGCGACAGAGCCAAUAAUAAUAUUUUGUAAUGCAUUCGAACGUGAUCAAACAACUUAUCUUCUUAAUUGGCUUGUUUCAAAAGAUGAACUCAAUCGAAAAACAUCAUCAAAACCAUUAUUUCGUAUUUUUUCAUUUGAAGCUUUAGUUGCUGCCAUACUUCGUCGUCUUGGUUUCGGUGAUUAUGCUCAUCAAAGUGUUCGAGAACAACUGCGUCGGCCUGUUUAUACAAUACAAGUUAAAGAACGAUGUGUUUAUCAUGAUUCAUUAGCAAUACAAUAUUGUUGUCGUGCUAUUAAUCACGGUUUUAGUCUUUUUCUUGAUGGAUUUGUUCGUCAGCGCUUUAUUCAAUCAUUUUCUCAACAUGUUCAAGCCGAAUCUAUUGAUAAAAACUUGAUAAAAUCAUUACCAACGAAUAAUUGUAUGGAUGACGUUCAAUCCAUCAGUAAUGUAUCAGUGCCAACAGCAGUUGAUUCGAUUAGUUCAACAUUUAUUGAAAAACAAAAUAAAUUAAGUGUUCUAACACAGCCAGAAAUCACAAAUCAAUCGAAACCAAUUAAAUUAGGAGCAGUAGGCUCCAAUGUUUUUGUACAAUCAUCAUCGACUGAUCAACAAAUUAGUAAUGUUGCAACAAACAACAAAUUAUCGAUAUGGUCAAAAUUAAGAGUAGGACCUCCGAUUGAACUUGAUUGUCGUUGGCCAAUAUCUUCCUUACAUAAAAACAUUACAAAUGAUGAAGAUCAAUUUAUAAUGCCUGGUCGUGGUAUUAAGAAAACAGUCAGAUAUGCAUCGACAAUAAAUAGUAAUGAUUCAGAUCGUUAUGUGUUUGUGAAUAGUAUUGGUCGUGGUCGUCGUAGUAAUCUCAUCUAUCCGGCGCCUAGUCUUUCUCAUGUUAUGCAAUAA